AUGGACAUAAUACUAGGUAUAAACAUUUCCGGAUCACCGGGGACAUUACCGAGUAUAAACGUUUCUGGAGAAGCUAACGAAACUUCAACGACCCCUGGAGACACUGAUAACUACAUCGACUUAAACCCAGACGAGGACCAGAAGCUUGAUUCGUGCCCCACUAUUCGUGGUUUAUGUAAAGAAAAUCUGCUGGUCCCUAUGUGGAGGCUGGAACUUGAUACAACAGACGACGAUAGAUACUUUAGAGCGAUCCUAUACGUAAUAGCUUUGAUUUAUCUGUUCAUUGGUCUGUCGGUUAUUACAGAACGUUUGAUGACGGCAGUUGAUGUCAUUGUCUCAAAAAAGAAACAAAUCGCUGUCAUGAUAUCGGAUGGUACCAUUGUUUAUGUAACUGAUCGGUUGUGGAGCGAAACUUUGGCAAAUGUAACCAUAGUGGCGCUCGGUUCUUCUGCUUCAGAAAUAUUACUGACAAUAGUAGAAGUGUAUAGUAAUGAUUUUCAAGUAGGGAGUCUUGGCCCAUCUGCUAUUAUUGGUAGCGCUGCAUACAAUUUGUUCAUAAUUUCUGCAAUUUGUAUGUUCGCUGUUCCAGUUGAUAAAGCGCAAAAAAUAACAAAAGGACGUGUAUUUCUCGUGACUGCUGCAUGGAGUGUUUUCGCAUACAUAUGGCUCUUCAUAAUUUUGUUUGUUAUAAGUAAAGGAGUUAUCGAGAUCUGGGAGGCUGUGCUAACUUGUUUGUUUUUCCCAGGAAGCGUGUAUACCGCAUACCUGGCUGAUAAGAAUGUGGAAGUCGGCAAAUGCAUGGGUCGACAAUAUUGUGGGAGUGAGGAAGUCACCAAAGAGUCACAAGGAAAGUCUAUGGAAAGCGUGACUGACUCAAGGGUGGGGAAUGUAGAAGCAAAGAACAGCAACUUAUUACUAGCUGCUGAGCAACAGCGAAAUGAAAUCGCUUUGAUGAUAAGCAAACUACGAGAAACUAAUCCACACCUAAGUUUGACAGCUGUCGCGGCAAUGGCCAAAAAACAAAUAAUGAAUAAAGAGCCAAAGUCUAAAGCUUUUUAUAGAGCCGCAAAGAAAAUAAACAGCUGGCCUCAGAUUAUGAAGGAAACAGAAAGCUGCACGGCAAUAACUGAAGAAGAGUAUGAUUUUAAUGUGACCAAAGUGUUCUUUGAAUCGGACACUUAUUCUGCGAUGGAGGACGCUGGCAUGGUAAGAUUAAUGGUUCUAAGAAAGAACGGGGACAUUAACAAGGUAUGUCGCGUAGACUACUAUACAGAAGAUGGCACAGCUAAAAAUAUUCUCAAUUACGCUGCUGCAAGAGGCAGUAUAAUUUUCAAACCUUUGCAGACGAAAGCACAGAUCAACAUUGCUUUGAAAUCUGGUAAUAGAAUUCAUGAAGAUGAAUAUUUCUACGUCCGCCUUUCCAACCCAAAGCUCAGAGACAUUCAUGAGAACGAACUGGUAACAGACACGAGAAGGGCCUCGAGAAGGCCUUCGAUAUCUAGCGACUCAGCAUCUGUGGACUUUAGACAUAUUCCAUUUCAGAUGCCAGAAACUGAUGUAAGUCUAUAUCCUCCUUAUGUAGCCACAGUCACCCUAGUUGAUGCCAACCAUCCUGGGAUAUUCUAUUUUCCCAACACAACUCUGAUCGUUGAGGAAAACUGUGGCGAUAUACCCGUUAAAGUCUGUCGAGCGAAGGGUGGGAAAGGGCGCAUUAAACUCCCUUACCAUCCUGUCAAUGGUACAGCAGAACUGGGAGAAGAUUUUAAAAUCUUUGGGAGUGAACUCAUCUUUGAAAACCAUGAAUAUGAGAAAAACAUAAUGAUGCGCAUUUCGAACAAAGAACGAUAUUUGGUCAGACAAUAUUUCUACUUGGCUCUAGAUGAGCCCGAGGUGGCAAUCCAUGACCUAGAUGACGGCGACUACCGCUACAUAGACAUUCAGUUGCCCACAAAUACAGAAUAUGCCUUCCAUUUUCUGGCGCUGGUCUGGAAGCUGCUGGCUGCCCUGGUACCUCCGACAACAUACUGCAUGGGCUGGGCUAGUUUCUUUGCAUGCCUUCUGGAGCUGGGAAUUCUGACAGCCAUUAUUGUUGACCUGGCCUCCAGUUUGGGAUGCACCAUUGGUGUCCAGGAUUCAUUUAUCGGUAUCUCUUUUGUGGCCAUAGGAAUAAGCCUUCCCGAAACCUUCAGCAGUAAAAUGGCGGUUUUCAACGAAGCCAAUGCCGACGCUGCAAUAGGAAACGUACCCGCCUGCAGCGCUGCCAACAUCUUCGUGGGUCUGGGCAUUGCCUGGAUAAUGGCAGCCACCCAGCAGGGUAUUCAGGGGACAGAACUCUUUGUUCUGAGUGAUCAUCUCGCUUCGUUUGCUAUCCUGUUCAGCAUUUUGUCUUUUUUGGCCAUAUCUGUACUCUUUGCCCGUCGUCGACAGCCCAUUGGAGGUGAACUUGGAGGACCCAUUGUUCAAAGGAUUCUGACAAGCUUGAUCUUAAUUACCCUUUGGGUUGUAUAUUUGAUCCUUUCAUUGCUUAUAGUAUUCUGUGUCAUAGUGAUAUUUUAA